UGGCAUGACCUGACUUAGCACACAGGAAGCGGGACGUACGCAAAAAUUGCUCAUUUCGACCAGGGGCGCCUGAAUUUGGAAAGACUAAUUUAUGAUUUAAGACACCGGCGUAUUAUUGGCGCUGUUAAUUUUGCUGCUAUUGCAGAAACGUUGCCGAGGCGUUGACCAACGCCGACGAGGCAUAUCUUUUAGCAGUUUCUAUAAAAAGGAUUACGAUUCAACUAACGACAGCGAUCUUAUUCGAGCAUUUUCGGAUAUCGCCCUUGCCGAUGAUUACCCAGCCAACAAAAAAGGUGUGCACAUGAUGCCUAGAGCCAUUAGCAGAGGGAGCUUUGGAAAGAGUUUCCGCAAGAAGUUACGGAAGAUAGUGAAACAAGAACGCAGGUCAGUAUCUGAAGUUUAG